AUGCUCAGCGGCAUCUACAACAUGCAAAACCGGGUGCUGGAGAAGCAGAAGCUCGUCCAGCGCCAGGCGCACGUCCCUGUCUACUAUCGCCUGCCUCGCUCGAAGCUCUACGUCAACUCGUACCUCGUCCUCUUCUCGGCUGGCAUGGCUUGCACCACGCUCGGCGUGUACCAGCUCAUCAGGGGCAAGCCUUCGGAGUAA